AUGAUGCCGCCCCCCUCAUCGCUCUCCAGCAACUCCCUGCCCCGCUCGAGAACCCUCCGUCCAGCCCACUCGUACAGCUCACUCACAGCCGCAUCCCUCGCAACCGAAUCGCCCGCCUACGUCACCGCAAAGUCGUCCCUUCAGCCAACUCCUGACCGCUCGCUCGAGUCGCUCGUUACGGCUCCUGAGUCGGCGCGUUCGUGGACGGGUGCGAGCGGUAGGGACGUCAGUCGCGAGCGUGACGACUAUGGCUUGAGCGCGAAGAGGCCACCGCUGUCGGCGGGACCGUCCUUCUCUUCGUUCGCCUCGACUUCGACAACAAGCGACCUGGUCAUCUCUCCGUCCGAUCCCUACCCGUCGCCCUUCUACUCAGCACUUACCGCGCCAUCCCGUCCGGCGCCAUCUACUGCGAACAAAGAGAACGUCCCGCCGACGCAGGAGCGGUCAACUUCGCCUCACCCUCGGCCAACAUCUCCGCUUCCGCCUGUCCCGACAGCGCGACAGCCCACUCGUCUUCCCGCUUCUUCUUCGUCUCAAUCCGCCUUUCCCGCCCCACUGACGUCGCACAACUCGCUCGCGGCGUUCAAAGCCGCACACGGCGGCUACGCAGCCUCGUCGAGCCAAGGCGGUUGCAGCUCCGACACGCAUCGCACAAGCAGCGACGUCGAUCUCGACUUCGCCUUUGAGCGCGAUUCGCGGCGGAACAGUGGGGCUUUCGCGCAGGCGAUGCUGGAGGACGACUUGGUCGAGGAGGGCUUUGAGGAGCACCGGCGGGAGAAGCGGGAGUGGGUCGGGAUCGACGUCGCGCCGAUCGAGCACGAUAUCCCAGAGUCGCAGCUUGUGCGGAGCAGCAGCGGCCAGCUUGUCGGCGCUCGGCAUGCGAGGGCAACGAGCGCUCUCGACCUUCGCGCGCAGUUCAAGGCUGCGGAACAAGCUCUGCACGGCGCUCAGUCCAGCGAGGUCGCCAUUACGAUGGAGGCGGAUGCGCUCGAGGAGGAUGAGGCGGAGCAGCGGAGGAAGCAGGAGGUGCGGGAGGGGAAGCGACCGAUCGAGGGACCUCGAGCAGGUCCUUCGACAGCUCCUCUCCCCGCCACUGGACGCUUCGCCGACCGGUCCAGCAAGCGCUUGUCGGUCGGUCGAGGCUUCGCCUAUCAUACGACCGGCGCCGUCCACCCACCGCCGCACUCCGCCCCAGCCGUCUACCGCGCCACAUUCGCUUCCCAGCAGCAACGUCCUGCCGAAGCGGCGCAGCACAAGGGCUUCCCGAUGCCCCUCCGACUUCUACAGCGGACGAAGCGCUCGGCGGAAGCUCUGUUCUCGCCCGCAAUGAGCGCAGCUUCCGCCUGGACACACAGAACCGGGCGACACGACCCCGGUGCAGACUCAGAACUCGAGUCAGUCGGUCCUUCGCCCUUGUUCGACUCGGAUGUCGAGGGCACGAACCGGACGGCGCCGUCGACACCGAACGAUACGCCCGUCCUGCAGGAGUGCUUCGAGCCAGACGACCUCGCUCCUCCCGUCCCACAUCGCCUCGGCAACUCGUACAACCCCAAUGCACCCUUAACUGGACUUGGGUUCGACUUUGGCGACGACGAGAUUGCGAACGAGCGGUCGACGGUCGUGCCCUGGCGACAAUCACGCCGCGUCUCGCUGCCGCCCACCAUCGCCCGGCGUCGUUCGAUCCGCCACAACGCCAUCCCUUCGCUGUCCAUCUCUCCGCCGCGCGAACGCCCGAGCGAGGACAGCUCGAUCACUCUGUCGACCAUCGCCUCGCAAGAUUCGGCGCUCGACCCGACUGUCUCGCCGUCUCGUCGACUCUCGCGCCGGCUGUCCAGCUCCGACGCUGUGCAGCCAAAGAAGACGGUGUCCGUCCACUUCGACCGCCUGCCGCACUCGGCUACGGCGUCAACAGCGCUGCGAGAACCUCAAGCAGGCCCCUCUGUACAGACACCGACACACCUGCUCGUCACGCCCACGCCCAAGUCGACAGCUCCAGCGCGAUCACCGUCCUUCUCCUUCAGUCCUGCGCCCCUUCGGCUCGUCAAGAUCCAGCUUCUUCGCGCCGCAGGUUACACCGUCUCCGACGAAGAACCCGCUCCUGCGCCUACUGAGCCGCCUACGGAUGGCAAGCCUGAAGCGACGACGCUCGAUGUCGACGUCGCGCAAGCCGAAGCACGAAGACCGACCGUCUGGGAGGAGAUGACCGACCUGUUCUCGACCUCCCCGGCAACAUGGCUCGACGAGGUCGUGCCCGCCAAGCUCGCCUUCGUGGCGGGCUUCCUGAUGCCCUGGCUGUGGAUUCUCGGCGGCUGGUACCUCAGGCCGCUCGAUGGCGAGCUUCCCUUCACCCGCGGCCGACGCUGUCGCGAACCCGACUGUCGCUGCGGGCGCAUCGUACGCGGCAGCGCAGUGCAGUACCACCCUUCGGGCGUCAAGAAGCGGGCAUCGACGUCGGGCCAAGCGGACGAGGAGAUGUACGCUGGGCUGGACCGGUGGAUCUUCCUCAACCGCGUUGCGGCGAGCGGCGGAGGCGUCGUCGUUUCGGUCCUGGUCGCGGUCGCUAUCUGGGCGGCGUGCACGGCUUGA